UCUAAGGCAUAUGGUUUCUUUGCAUAAUCUGACAACCCUCCAAAAAUAUUUAUUAUUACAAGUAAAUUCCCGUUUUGUAACUAAAUUCAGUGACUAAUCAGACUAAAGAAUGGCAAAAGCAAUACCAGAUAGAUGGUUGGAUUACACGCCGAUCGGGAAGCGUAUUCCUGGUACUCGAUUCAUAGCAUUCAAGGUGCCCUUGCAUAAGCAUGUCAACGCCAGAGUGCAGGAGAAUCUUCGCCUGGCGCCCGAAUCCCUGCUGGAGUCCAUCCCCGAUCUGGGCCUCAUCAUCGACUUGACCAACACAAACCGAUACUAUCAUCCCAGUGCUUUGACCAACCGCGAUGUGCGCCACCAGAAGCUGAUGAUCCCCGGAAAACAGACACCUCCAAGGGCAUUGGCAGAGCGAUUCUGCGGUUUUGUUGCCGAUUUCCUUGAAAGCAAUGCAGAUAAUGACAAAUUGAUUGGAGUUCACUGCACGCAUGGUGUGAAUCGAACCGGAUACUUGAUCUGCUACUUUAUGAUCUCCGUUAUGAAGAAGUCCCCCGAGGAGGCGAUAAACAACUUUUCUGCGGCACGUGGACAUGAAAUCGAGCGCGAGAAUUACUUAAGCUCCUUGAAGACACUUUCGAAUCGAAACGAUAAUCAGGGGCGCUCUCGUUCAAAUCAGUCAAGGUUAGAGUAUAACAGCAAAUACACUAACGUCAGAAACCAGCCCAGAAAAGAAUAUGGAAAUUAUCGGCAGCAAAAUUACCAACGAGGUGGAGGGUAUUAUCACACAUCCCAUACAUACAAAGACCAACCCAAUAGAAAUUCCUAUCAAAAUAAUUGGCGCAGUGACAUACCGAAAAAAUUAUCCGAGGAUCGCUACCAUUCAAAAGGCAACCGUUGGAACCAUCAGGAUCAUCAGAACUACAACAAAAAUAGCAGAGGUUACAGCUCAGAUUGGCGGAGAUCUAGCCAAGUUUAUUCAAGAGAAGAUGAUAAUCAAAAAAAUGACUGGUCUUCUUUCGGCAAAUAUCGCCAGGAUCGAGAAUAUCGGCAGGCCAGCAGACGCCACUACUAUGCUGAUGAUGCGGAGUAGUUGUCUUUAGUUUCACCUGAUAUUUGAUAUUUUUAUUUUGUAAAAACAUCCUGAACUAGAUUUAAAUAAAUUUCCAAUGGCGUGUUAA